AUGGCGCUCAUACCAGAGGACGCGGUAGUCGAGCAAGAGGAAGAGUAUGCAUCAUUUGAAAACCUUCACAACUAUGUUUCCAUAGCGGUCGAGGAACUGAUCCUGCGGACAACAAACAGAGCAGUUGUACCUAAUAGCGCUCAGGUUGUCAUACAGCAACAGCCUUUGAAAGUGCCUAUUCCGACUUUCGACGGGAAUUAUUGCAAUUGGCCAAAGUUCAAAGCCAUAUUCCAGGAUUUGAUGUCCAAUUCGGGAGAUACAGACGCAAUAAAACUGUAUCACCUAGAUAAAGCCCUCGUAAGUGAUGCCGCUGGAAUAUUGGACGCUAAGGUGAUAAGCGAAGGCAACUAUCAGCAUGCUUGGGAAAUAUUGACAGAUCGAUAUGAGAACAAGCGAGCAAUAAUAGAGUCUCAUAUCCGUGGUUUGUUGUCACUAAAAAAGAUGGUAUCUGAAUCACACAAAGAAUUGAGAAGAUUAUUAAACGAAGCCACAAAUCAUGUUGAAAGUCUUCGUUUUCUUGAACAGGAUAUUAUUGGCGUGUCGGAACACUUUGUCGUAUAUCUAAUCAUCAGUUCGCUCGACAAGUCUACUCGUAAAGCAUGGGAAUCAACACAAACGAAGGGAGAUCUGCCGAAGUAUGCUCAAACUAUCGUAUUUUUGAAAUCACGGUGUCAAAUAUUAGAAAACUGUGAAGCAGCAUAUCAGGAACAAUCGCCAUCACUCGUUAAGCCGAAACAAGCAAUUACAUCGCAGAAAAUCCAACCGCAAAAAAGCUAUGCGGUCUCAACUAGUUCCGCGUUGGUCGAAAUUGAAUGUGACAUUUGUGGUGGCUCACACCGCAAUUUCCAGUGUUCAGAGUUAAAUAAUCUAACUGCUGCUCAAAAAAGUGAGAAGAUUCGAAGUAUUGGAAUCUGCUUCAAUUGUCUUCGAAAAGGACAUUUCGCCAGAGAGUGUUCUUCUGAUAAAACGUGUAGAAAAUGUCAACGACGUCACCACACACUACUUCACGAAGAGAGGACAUCCAACAAAGAUGACAUAUCGUCUAAUGUUUUCACUUCCAUUGAAAAUAAAGCGGUAGAGUUUUCGAUGGUCGCUCCUGCAAUUAUUCAACCGACUGAGAAUCAAAUCACACCAACUACGACAGAUUCUUCUGUGUCUACAAUGUGUUCAUGUAACUUCACAUGUGAAAGGAAAACCGUACUUCUUCUAACUGCGGUUGUGCAUGCUCUGGACAAGGACAACCAGCCGCAUCUCUGUCGUGUUCUCUUAGACAGCGGUUCUCAAGUGAAUUUUGUAACAGAGGAAAUGGCUAAUAUACUCGGUAUUCCUAAGCAACGAGCAAAUGUCCCAAUCACUGGUAUUAAUGCAUUGCGAACUCUUGCUCGCGAUAAAGUGGACGUUAUGUUCCGGUCCCGUGUAUCUAGUUUUCAAGCUAGCAUCGAAUGUCUAAUUACACCUCAGGUAACUGGAACUAUUCCUACGUCAAAAAUUGACAUUAGCCGAUGGCACAUUCCGGAAGGAGUGAGUCUUGCCGACCCAGAGUUUUAUAAACCGAAAAAGGUGGACAUGUUAAUCGGAGCCGAACUAUUUUUUGAUGUCUUAAAGAAUGAUCAGCUGAACUCAACAUCUAAUAUGCCACAUUUACGCGAUACCCACCUCGGAUGGAUUAUAACAGGUGCAAUCAACGAACCUCAUGAGUCAGGCGGUUUUCUUCAGCACUCCAACUUGGCCUCCAUAGAAACCAUCGAAACAUUGCUGCAACGAUUCUGGCAAGUGGAAGAAGUCCUAGAUAUACCUAAGUUUUCCACUGAGGAAUUAGCCUGCGAAGAUCAUUUUGUGUCAACUUUCAACCGCGACGCCUCUGGAAGAUUCAUAGUGAGAUUACCACUGAAGGAUAAUGUUGUCAUGCUGAAUGACUGUCGUGCACUCGCACUAAAAAGAUUUCUGAUGCUAGAAAGACGACUGGUACGUAACCCCGAUCUGAAAAAGCAAUAUAUAGAGUUUAUGCGUGAGUACAGGGACCUUGAGCAUUGUCAUGAAAUUAUAGAAGCUAACGAUCCACCAAAUCAAAAAAACUACUACAUGCCGCAUCAUGCCGUUUUGAGGCCAUCCAGCUCCAGCACUAAAUGUCGUGUUGUUUUUGACGCCAGCGCUAAAUCAUCCUCAUCGGAUUUGUCUUUGAACGACGUGCUCCUCAUUGGUCCUGUUGUGCAGAAUGAUUUGUACACUAUUAUGUUGAGAUUCCGUAAGUAUAAGAUUGCGUUUUCUGCGGACAUUUCAAAAAUGUACCGCCAGAUACUUGUGGCACCAGAUGACCAACAUUACCAAAGGAUAUUCUGGAGAGAGCAACCGACCGACCCGCUACAAGUUUUGGAACUGGACACAGUAACUUACGGAACCGCAUCUGCACCUUAUCAAGCCACGAGAUGUUUAAUUCAGUUAGCCAACGAAGAAACUGAAGCGAUGCCAAUCGCUGCCCGUAUCGUAAAACAGGAGGUGUAUAUGGACGAUAUUCUUACAGGAGCAGAAACAGUAGAAGAAGCCAUCGAAGCCCAACAUCAGUUAAAACUACUACUUAGUCGAGGUUGUUUCCCUAUACACAAAUGGUGCUCGAAUUCCCAAGAGUUUCUACAGCACAUCCCACAACAGGAUCAUGAGAAACAAGUUGCCUUGGCGGACUACGCAGCAAAUAAGGUCAUUAAAGUAUUAGGUUUACUGUGGGAUCCUAAUGAAGACACCCUGUUCAUUGCUCAUCAUCCUCAACAAACGGUAGAGCACACACAGAUCGUUACGAAAAGAAUGAUAUACGCCGAAGUUGCAAAAAUGUACGACCCACUUGGAAUAUUUUCGCCGGUCAUUGUCGUAGCGAAACUAAUUGCGCAACAAGCUUGGAAGUCGAAGGCCGGAUGGGAUGAUCCAGUAGAAGAAGGUUUGGCACAAGAAUGGCAUGAAUUCAAACGUGCUUUACCGCAAAUAAAUCUUAUCCAGGUCCCAAGGUGUGUAACAUUCAAUGAUGUAGUCGCUUACGAAUUGCAUGGAUUCGCGGAUGCGUCGACGGUGGCAUAUGGAGCGUGUGUGUAUGUGCGAAGCUUAUUCACCGAUGGAUCUGCAAAAUUGCGUCUUUUGAGCAGCAAGUCAAAGUUAGCCCCCCUCCACGAGCUGUCUGUCCCAAGGAAAGAACUGUGCGCCGCUUUGCUUUUAACACGGUUGGUCGAAAGGAUAAUACCUGCCUUAGAAAUGGAUUUUCAAGACGUUGUACUUUGGAGUGAUAGUACAAUAGUGCUGGCUUGGAUUACGAAACCCCUUAAUAAGCUCCAGUUGUUCGUGAGAAAUCGGAUCGCUGAGAUACAGAAAUACACCGGUAACUACACAUGGCGCUACAUUCGUUCCCAAAAUAAUCCGGCAGACGUCGUGUCCCGUGGCCAGCUACCGGAGUUAUUGAGUCAAAAUUGCCUUUGGUGGGACGGUCCAGGGUCCCUUCACAAACUACACUAUGAAAUUACAAACUUGCAGGAUAUACCGGAUGAUUUGCUUCCUGAGAUGAAAGUAGUGGUUGCCAUGCCAGUCGUGAGUAUUCAGCCAUUCCCAUUUUUCUACAAGUUUAGCAGUUUUCGUAAAGUACAACGCAUAAUGGGAUAUGUACUGCGGUUCAUUAGCAACUGUCGAAAGAAAAUAGCCGCUAAACGAAACCUGUUUCGACAUUUGACUAUUGAAGAGCUGCGUAAGUCUACAGAAACAAUACUUCGUGUAAUUCAACACGUUCAUCUAGAGGACGAAAUUCGUCGGGUUCUGUUGAACAAACCAAGUAAGACAAUCGGUAAUCUUCGACCAAUUUACAUAGACGGUUUACUUCGUGUCGGCGGAAGGCUUGAUCGUUCUCAACUUUCUUUUGAAAAUCGUCACCCAAUUAUCCUGCCAAACAAGGAUCCUCUAGUGCGCAAUCUAAUACAGGAAAUGCACGUCGACCUUCUCCAUGUUGGGCAAACUGGAUUAUUGAACGCAAUUCGUCAGCGGUACUGGCCGUUGAAGGCUCGUUCCACCAUAAGACAAAUAACUCGCAGAUGUGUAAGAUGCUUCCGUACAAACCCAACCAACAUGACGCAGCUGAUGGGAACACUACCAAAGGCAAGAGUUGUUCCUUCCCCACCCUUUGCCGUGACUGGUAUAGAUUACGCUGGUCCGUUCUUCAUCAAACAAGGAUUGCGUCGUCCUGCACUAAUAAAGGCAUACAUCGCUGUGUACGUAUGUAUGGCAACUAAGGCCGUUCAUUUGGAAGCCGUUACGGACCUAAGUUCCGAUGCAUUUUUGGCAUCCCUCCAACGUUUUGUCAGCCGUCGAGGACUACCACAACAGCUGCACUCCGACAAUGCUACAAAUUUCAAGGGCGCCAACCAUGAGUUACAUGAACUAUUUCGACAGUUUCAGAACGAGCGGACUCUACAAGGAAUACACGAGUUCUGCCAUGUACGAGAAAUAGAGUGGCACUUCAUCCCACCAGAAGCACCUGAGUUUGGCGGAUUGUGGGAAGCGGCUGUAAAGUCAACGAAAACGCAUCUUAAACGCAUCGUAGGAAAUGUUCGACUGACUUACGAAGAAUUAGCGACGGUGCUAGCUGAGAUAGAAGCAGUUUUGAAUUCGCGUCCUCUUUUUAGCAUUUCGGAUGAUCCGGCGUCCGCUCAUUGCCUUACCGGAACCAUCAUUGGAGGACGUCAAAGAGAGUCGUCUAAAACGUUGGCAACACCUGCAGCUAAUGCGCCAACACUUCUGGAGUGCUUGGAGCCGUGA